AGGAAGGAAGUAGCAACCCCAAGACCUUAUAAUUUAUUUCCAUUCAGACAGUUUGUUUCUUCACCACACCUCAUCCAUGGCACUUGUGAGAGCAACUCAACAAACCUCCUCUUCUAAUACUUCUCGAUGUUGUCAUCACGUGUUCCUCAGUUUCAGAGGUGAAGACACUCGCAAGACUUUCACUGACCACCUCUUCACAGCCUUGGUCAAUGCCGGAUUUCGCACUUUCCGAGACGACGAUGAGCUGGAGAGAGGAGAAGAUAUUAAGCCCGAACUCCAGAAAGCAAUCAAACACUCAAGAACUUCUGUUAUUGUGUUUUCGAAAGACUACACGUCGUCCAGAUGGUGCCUUGACGAGCUUGUGAUGAUCCUUGAACGCAAGAGGACCUCACCUGACUAUGUCGUUUUACCUGUCUUCUACGACAUGGAUCCAUCCCAUGUGCGGAAGCAGACAGGAAGUCUUGCAAGGGCCUUUGCUACACACCAAAAAUCUCAACCCCCGAAGAAGGUGAAGGCAUGGAAGGACGCCCUUGCAGAGGUUGCAGAUCUGGCAGGGAUGGUCUUACAAAAUCAAGCUGAUGGGUACGAGUCAAAGUUUAUCAAGAAAAUAGUUAACGUGAUUGGAGACAAACUAAGUCGCACAACCUUAAGUAUUGCCCCCAACAUGAUUGGAAUGCAUUCUCGAGUGAAAACCGUUAAUCUUUGGUUACAAGACGGAUCAACUGAUGUUGGGAUACUACUAAUCUACGGGAUGAGUGGAAUAGGGAAAACAACCAUCGCAAAAUUUGCUUAUAAUUCAAACUUUUCAAGAUUUCAAGGAAGCAGCUUCCUUGAAAACAUCAAAGAAAUUUCACAGCAACCCAAUGGCUUAGUUCAAAUACAAACGCAGCUUCUUUCUGAUAUUUUGAAUGGGAGAAAAAUGAAAAUAAGCAAUGUUAGUGAAGGAUUAACUAAGAUUGAAGAUGCAAUCAGCUCUAAGAGGGUUCUCCUUGUUCUUGAUGAUGUGGAUCAUAUGGACCAAUUAGAUGCAGUACUUCGGAUGAAAGAUCGAUUUUGUCCAGGAAGUAAAAUCAUAAUAACAACUAGGCGUGCAAGAUUGUUAAAGGCUCAUCAAGUUACUAAGGUGCAUGAAGUUGAAACUUUGCAUUACCAAGAAUCAUUGGAGCUCUUAAGUUGGCAUGCUUUUGGCCAGGACCAUCCCAUUGAAGGUUACAUAGAAUAUUCGCAAAAAAUAGUGGAUCAUUGCAGAGGUCUUCCAUUAGCUCUUAAAGUUUUAGGUUCUUCUUUGUUGGGGGAAAGUAUAGAUGUAUGGAAAAGUGCACUGGAGAAGUUAGAAGCCAUUCCAAAUGGUGAAAUAGUAAAUAAACUAAGAGUAAGCUAUGACUCUUUGCAAGAUGACCAUGACCGAAAUUUAUUCCUCCACAUUGCUUGUUUCUUUAUCGGAAAGGACAAAGACUACAUUGUUAACAUACUAGAUGCAUGUGAUUUCUAUACAAUUGUUGGCAUUCAAAAUCUCAUCGAUAGAUGUUUGGUGAUUGAUAAAUAUGACAAGGUGCAGAUGCACGACCUGAUUCGUGGAAUGGGAAGAGAAAUUGUUCACCUGGAAUCAAAAGAGCCUUGGAAGCGUAGUAGAGUAUGGCAUCAUAAGGACUCUAUCAAAAUCUUAAUGGAAAAGAAUGGUACGGAAACAAUUGAAGGUCUUGUCCUCGACAUGCACAUGUGCCCUACUAUAAACUCAAAUGAGAAGGUCUUGGAAACCAAUGCAUUUUCAAGGAUGCACGAAUUAAAACUACUCCAUCUUAGUCAUGUAAAACUCGACGGAUGUUAUGCAGAAUUUUGUACCGGAUUAAGAUGGUUAUGUUGGCUUGAAUUUGCAUUAGAUUCUAUACCCGUUGAUUUUCCUUUGGGAAGCAUUAUUAUUCUUGAAAUGCAAUACAGCGGUCUGAGACAAGUAUUCAAGGGAACAAAAUAUCUUCCGUCCUUGAAGAUCCUUGAUCUCAGCCAUUCUCAUUCCCUUACAGAAACCAUUGACUUCUCAUAUUGCCCAAAUCUAGAGAAAUUGGUUCUAGUAGACUGCACGAGCCUGAUUUAUGUCCAUGGAUCCAUUGGAAACCUAGAGAGACUUAUCUACUUGAAUAUGAAAGAUUGCAAAAAGAUUAGGAUGCUUCCCAAGAGCAUUUGUAUGCUAAAAUCACUUGAAACAUUUAUUAUAUCUGGUUGCUCAAAUCUUAAUGAGUUCCCAAUUGAGACGCUGAGGAACAUGGGCUCGUUAAAAAAUUAA